GCAUUCAUCCUCCGCCCCCUUUCUCCCUUUCAUCGAACUUGCUCCCCUCCCCCUCCCCCCUCUCCCCUCUCCAGCCAUCGCCCUCGCCGCCGUUCCCUGCCGCUUUCUCCGUUGCCCUUGCCGUUACUGCUUCCCUGCCGCUGCCGGUUUCUAAGAUCUCUCCCUACCUCCCUUGAGUCCGCCAUGGAUCUUGGCGGCCGCUCCGAAACCGACCUCUCCCUCGGUCUCCACGCCCGCGCCUCACCCCGUCCCCCGAUCGCCGACGACUCCAUCUUCCUCCAGACCGACCCCACCCUCCACGACCCUCCCCGCUCCACCACCCCUCUCCACCUCUUCGAUCACCAAUCCGAGUCCCGCCGCGCCCCCGACAACGACUCCGACGCCACCCCUCUGGAGAACGGCGACGACGAGGAGCAUGUGGAGGAGGAGGAGGAGGAGAUCAGCAUCCUUGGAUACACCAUGUCCGUCAAGAAGCGCCGGCGAAGAGGCGACUCGGCCUCCUCCUCUUGCUCCCCUUGUCACCCCUCCAAGCGACCCGCCGUCGAGCCGCCACCGUCGCCGCCUCAGCCGCCGCCGCCUCCCCCCGACCUCGAGAGCCGGCGGGCCACCGUUCGGUCUUGGGGCAAUCUCCCCCUCUCCGUCACGGACCCCGACGUGUCCGAGAUCAUGGAGAAGGAGAAGCAGCGGCAGGUGAGGGGGAUCGAGCUCGUCGCCUCCGAGAAUUUCGUCUGCCGCGCCGUGCUUGACGCCCUCGGCAGCCACCUUACCAACAAGUACUCGGAGGGCUUGCCCGGCGCCCGAUACUAUUGCGGCAACCAGUUCAUCGACCGGAUCGAGCGGCUGUGCUGCGACCGGGCGCUGGCAGCCUUCGGCCUUGAUGCUCAGUGCUGGGGGGUGAAUGUCCAGCCGUACUCUUGUACCUCUGCUAACUUUGCUGUGUAUACUGGGCUUUUGCUCCCCAAGGAUCGGAUAAUGGGAUUGGAUUCGCCGUCCGGCGGGCAUGUCAGCCAUGGUUACUACAUGCCGAGCGGGAAGAAGAUCUCGGGAGCUUCAAUAUUCUUCGAGAGCUUGUCGUAUAAGGUGAAUCCACACACAGGGUAUAUUGAUUAUGAUAAACUGGAGGAGAAGGCAAUGGAUUUCCGGCCGAAGAUACUGAUCUGCGGAGGCAGCUCAUACCCGAGAGAGUGGGAUUAUGCAAGGUUUAGGCAGAUUGCAGAUAAAUGUGGGGCGGUCCUGAUGUGCGACAUGGCUCACAUCAGUGGGCUGGUGGCUGCAAAGGAGUGCCGUAGCCCCUUUGAUUAUUGUGAUAUUGUUACUUCAACCACUCACAAAAGCCUGCGGGGUCCUAGGGGUGGUAUAAUUUUUUUCAGGAAAGGAAGAAAAACAAGGAAGCAAGGAUUUUUUUUUGGCCAAGUAGAUGAAAGUGAUCAAUAUGAUUUUGAAGACAGGGUAAAUUUUGCUGUUUUCCCUUCGAUGCAAGGAGGACCUCACAACAAUCAUAUUGCAGCAUUGGCAAUAGCUUUGAAACAAGUAGCGACACCUGAAUAUAAAGCUUACAUCCAACAGGUUAAGAAAAAUGCUCAAGCAUUAGCAUCAGCUUUGCUAAGAAGAAAAUGCAGAUUAGUCACUGGGGGUACAGAUAACCAUUUGCUACUCUGGGAUCUAAGAACUUUUGGGUUGACAGGAAAGAACUUUGAGAAGGUUUGUGAGGCUUGCCACAUUACUUUGAAUAAAACUCCUAUAUAUGGCGACAAUGGUGCAAUUUCUCCUGGAGGAGUGAGGAUAGGUACUCCUGCUAUGACCACAAGAGGUUGUUUAGAGGGAGAUUUUGAGGUGAUUGCUGAGUUUCUUCUUAGGGCUGCGCAGGUUGCUAGUACAAUUCAGAAGGAACAUGGGAAGUUGCAAAAAGAUUUUCUUAUGGGUCUUCAGAACAACAAGGAUGUUGUUGAGCUUUGUAAUCAGAAAAUUCAAAGCUUGAAGCAGUCAUUGGAAAUGGUUUAAGAGAAGCAGCAAUGCCAAAUAAGAGGAGGCAGGGAGACUCAAAAACGAUGCAAGCAAGGAGCUGAACCAUGUUGAUUGUUUCCUGCGUUUAUGUCUUCCAAAAGACAAGGAUUCCGCUCAACUCAUCAUGGUUAUCAUUACUGUAAUUAGUUGGUGAAAAGGAUCAUUACCAAAUAAGCACUCAAUUUAGCAAUAAUUGUGACAUUGAGGGCAAGUGGGGAGG